CCCGCUUUCGCCGCUCGCCGACCAAACGCUUCUGGGUAGCGACGAACCCACCGCCCGAUAACAGAUCUCCGACCACUUUUUCACGAAGAUGACCACCACCGAGAACGACGCCCCCGUCAACAUGGACCCCGUCCCCGCCGAUCCCGAGGCUAAGCCCGACACGGUGAAGGACGCUCCGGUCGCCGACGCCGUCACCGACGACGCCACGGAGACCAAGCCCGCCAAGGAGAUCCCCAAGCCGGAGAACCCGCGCCUCCCCAAGCCCGACCGCUCCGCCAUGGAUCGGAAGAUUCAGGACCUGCAGGAGGCCGCGGACGUCAAGCAGGCGCGCAUCGAGGAGCUCAAGAAGCUGAUCGGGAACCGCCGCGACGCGCAGAAGAACAUCAUGUCCGGAUCCUCGGGUACCAGGACGAGGAUCGGCGAGCUCAACGCCGCGUUCCAGUCCCUCAUGGACGAGCGCAACGCGAUCCGCAAGGAGCUCCAGGCGUUCGACGCCGCGCGCGAGCGCAUGCGCGAGCAGGUUGUGAGCAUGAAGUCCAAGCUCAGGUUCACCACCGUGGAAGCCGUGGACCGUGAGAUUGCGCGGCUCGAGGAGACCCACGCGCACACAACCAUGUCCCUCAACGACGAGAAGAAGCUCAUCGCGCAGAUCAAGGACCUCAACAAGAGCCGAGACACCGUCCGGGAUUACGCCGAGGCGCAGGGCAAGGUAUCCGGCGAGGAUGGCGUCCGCAAGUCCAUCAUCGAGCGGCUCAGGGCUAAAGACGAAGCCAUCACCGCGGUCAAGACGGAACAGAACGGUUUCCGCGAGACCCUCAACGCCGCCAAGGAGAAGGGAGAUAAAAUGUUCUCCGACGUACCCAAGCUCCAGGAGGAGCGCAACGCGUGCUACGAGGUCAUCAAGGCUAAGCGCGAGGAGAUUCGAACGCUUCGCGCCGAGUUUAAGCAAUCGGAGGAUGCGUACUGGACCCGAGAGCGCGAGUGGCGCGGGUACCUCAAGCAGGAGAAGCAGAAGCAGUGGGAGGCGUCUCAAGAGGAGCGUAAGGCUCGGGAGGAGGCGCGGAAGCAGUGGGAGCGCGAGAACGCGCCCGAGCCCUUCGAGGCGGAGGUGACCGCCGCCGACCAGCUCAUCGCGUACCUGGCCAAGUGGGAUCCGCUCUCCGCAAAGGCGGCGGAUGAGAAGGCGGCGGCGGACGCCAAGGAGGCUGAGGAGAAGAAGAACGCCGCGUUCGCGGGGCUCCAGAUGAUGAACAAGAAGAUGAAGGACGAGGACGAAGACGACCUGUUCUCGCUCUCCGGCACCAGCAAGGGGAAGAAGGCGAAGAAGAAGGGGAAGAGCGAAGCCGCGGGACCCGCCGGACCGAACCCCAACGAGAGGCUCAACAUCUCGUUCGACGCGUACCAGCACUUCGCCAAGCUCUCGCUCGCGGCGCCGGGCACCGUGGGCGAGGUGCCCGCCAUGCUCACCUCGCUCAAGGAGAAGAAGGAUCUGUUCCUGGAGAAGAGGAAGAUCAAGAAGGAGCGCAUCGCUGCGGGUCUCGACGACGAGGACGAAAAGAAGGAGGCCAAGGAGAAGAAGGACGCCGGCAAGGGCGGCAAGGGCGGUAAGGGCGGCAAGGGCAAGGGCAAGAGCUCCAAGAAGGGGCCGUGCUCCGUCAAGCUCGAGGUUGACGGCGACGCGGUCGUCGUGGUCAUCGAGGUUGCCGACGAGUAAUCGGACGGCGCGGGUUCAUCGCUCUGAGUUUUUACUUCAACAAUGUCAUCAAUCAUUCCGCCGAG